AGAUAACCUGCUACUUGCUAAAAAGUUUUGCAUUUUAGCAGCUGUGCAUGUUUGAAUUUGGUAUGGUCUGCCAGCUACAAGAAACACUCAUCAGUGUUAUAUAUGUCCACCCGGGUUGCCGUGGUAACGGGCAGUAACAAGGGCAUCGGUCUGGCCAUUGUCCGAGCCCUCUGCAAGCAGUUCCAGGGGGAUGUUUACCUCACUUCCAGAGACAUUGGCCGUGGUCAGGAAGCAGUGGCGUCUCUGACCUCAGAGGGACUGAAGCCCAUGUUUCAGCAGCUGGACAUCAAUGACCUGAACAGCAUCACCACCGCCGCUGCUUACUUUAAAGAGAAGUAUGGAGGCGUGGACGUCCUCAUCAAUAAUGCUGGGAUAGCAUUCAAAGUGGCAGACACAACUCCUUUUGCAAUCCAGGCUGAGGUGACCCUCAAGACAAACUUCUUCGCCACCAGAGACAUGUUGAUUCACUUCCUGCCGCUGAUCAAACCUGGAGGCCGUGUGGUUAAUGUCUCAAGCAAUUCUGGCUUGCGUGCUUUGAACCAGUGCAGCCCGGCGCUCCAGCAGCGUUUCCGCAUCGAGGACAUCACAGAGGACGAGCUGGUGGGACUGAUGCAGCAAUUUGUUGAUAAGACCAAGAAGGAAGAGCAUAAGAAAGACGGCUGGCCUGAGACUGCGUACGGAGUGUCCAAGCUGGGACUGACGACUUUGUCUAUGAUCCAGGCUCGUCGUCUGUCCAAGGAGAGACCGAAUGACGGGAUCUUACUGAACGCCUGUUGCCCAGGUUGGGUGCGCACAGACAUGGCCGGUCCGAAAGCCACCAAGUCACCAGAUGAGGGCGCUGUCACUCCGGUCUACCUGGCCCUGCUACCGCCUGGAGCUACAGGACCUCACGGAAAGUUUGUCUCUGAAAAAGAAGUUCAGCCGUGGUGAAAGGGUUAAAGGGUCCUGUGUGGAUGUGUAUGUGUCUACUGGGUUGCAACGGUAAUCGUGCAUGAAUCUCUGUAAGUGCGGGCUAAUCGCUCUUGUUUUUGAUAAAACCCUGUUUUCACUUUGCCUUCAGUGAUUAAAAACAUUUUGUUUACAUGGAAAAAAGGUGAACUCACCUUAAUUGUAUGAAAUUUCAAUUUUUGAAAUCAAAGAAAAAAAAGUAUUUCUGGCAAAAAG